AUGUCUGACUCACCCCCUCCACCGCCGCAAUGGAACAUUUCCACAAUGGCAGGGAAUGCGAUUCAAUUCAUGCGUCUUCCGAUGCUGGCAUCAUCGGGAUUAGCAGUGGUUGCAAGCAGUCUGUUAUAUUUCAAACAAAAUGAAAUAAUCUAUCCGCGAACCGUGCCUGUCGAUGCUCGCACAAAUGUACCGCAGCCAUCCGCGUUCGGAAUAUCGGACUACGAAGACCUUCAGAUCCCUACCCCCGAUGGCGAGACCUUGAAUGCCUUGUUUAUACGUCCAUCCAAUAAAGACAAUGCCCGUGAUCUGACAAUUCUGAUGUUUCAUGGCAAUGCCGGCAAUAUUGGUCAUCGAGUCCCUAUUGCAAAAGUACUAACCAAGGCGCUAAAUUGCAACGUCUUCAUGCUGGAGUAUCGUGGAUACGGGCUUUCUACGGGAACGCCUGAUGAACGAGGAUUGAAUAUCGAUUCUCAGACCGCUCUCGAUUAUUUGCGAAAUCGAGCUGAAACCAGAGACACCAAGAUUAUUGUCUACGGCCAGAGUCUCGGGGGCGCUGUUGCGAUCAAUCUUGUGGCUAGGAACUUGGAGAAAGGCGUCAUCGCAGGUUUGAUCUUGGAGAAUACAUUUCUCUGUAUUCGAAAACUUAUUCCCUCUGUCUUCCCACCGGCUCGCUACCUCGCUCGCCUUUGCCACCAGUAUUGGAACAGCGAGGACGUGCUUCCAGACAUCAAGGACGUUCCUAUUCUUUUCCUAAGUGGACUGAAAGACGAGAUGAUACCACCGUCGCACAUGUCGCAGCUGUUUGAUCUGUGUCAAGCGUCGACAAAAGUUUGGCGCGAACUUCCCAAUGGCGGUCACAACGAUAGCGUCGCAGAACCUCAUUAUUUCGACUACAUUCGAUCAUUUGUCAUAGAAUAUGUGGUUGAUUGA